AUGGGCAAGAAAGACCAAGCAGCAGCAUACCCAGUAGCAUACCCCAAUCAAGCCUACUACGCAGAUGGCAGACCGAUGGCUCAACAACCAGGCCCGCCUCCCCAGGGCAUGUACUACGCACAACAGCCUCCCGAAGACCCAAAGAAGGCCCACAAGAAGAAAGUCACGCGAUUUGCGACAUGUUGCGCAGCUCUCGGCGCUGUAAUCAACUAG